AUGUCGCAAAAUAUGGAGAUAAGCCAGGCGGUGCUGGGGUUUGUCACUGACGGUGCUUACCCCGAGGAGAGGAUCGUCGCCGCCAAAUUCCCAGCGGAAGCUCUCAGCCAAGCAGUUGGAACUCAUUUCACAAGCACGCGAACGGGUCGAAGUAAGCCCUUUAUGGCCCCCCUCCCCCCACCGCCCGGCGCACCAGGACUUGGCCGCUAUGCAACCGAGAUCAGCUCACUCAGCCGGGAGAAUACAUUCGACGCCGAUGACUGGAUAAUCCAAGCAAAGCAAUUGCACGCCGACAUCGAGCGCUCAAGGGUCACGGCCCGUGAGAUUGUCGCCCAGCAUGAGCAGACAAAACCUCUUCGAGCGAAAGUGGAGGACGCUGGCGCCAAGGUGGGACUGAUCGAAACGGAAAUCGCCUUCAACCAAGCUGUGGCAGAGACGCUGGAGGAAGUCCAGCAGCUUUUCCAGCAGUUAGCGGCUGUACGUGCUGCACUAGCAAGCCAUCAAAUCGCCAUCGCCAUAGAGAAUCUGGAGGCUGCGCAGGCUGGUCUCUCGAAGAAUGCCUCGUUUUCGAACACUAAUGUGAUGGAUAUUCUCCUGGCAGAAGCGGCUAAGCGUCGGAAUGAGGUCGAGGAAGCAUUACGCGCUCGAUGGAACCAGCAAUUGCAAAUAAACGGAUCUAAAGGGGAAUUCCGUAUCGUCAACGGAGACGGUCCAAAUUCGCUGGACGAGACAAUCGCUUCGUUUUUACAGAUGGGCAUUCUCGAGUCUGCAAGUGAAAAUUUCCAGAAAAACUUGGCCGCUACUAUAAUUGACCCUUUUCUUCUGCCUCGCCCCGACGGCUGCAGCCGUGUAGUGACGAUUACGGAGGCAGGGAUUCGCCUGGACCCAGAGUUCUCCAAACUCACCGUCUCGGAGACUCUGAGUCGCAUGAUAGAUGUCCUGAACUAUCUUCGGCAGAACCUUCCACCAUCCAUAUUGAAUACUCUUCCGCAUUCCUUCAUCUCCGCCGUUUCCUCUAAGACCAUAAAAGGACGGUUAUCACCCAGAAUCCCAACUACGCUGGAUGGCCUUGACGACUUCGAAACUACAUUAGAACAUGUGCUGCAAUUCACCAGAACUAUUGAAUCAUGGGGGUGGACAGGUCAGGAAGAGCUUGUAUCUUGGGUUAACCAGGCCCCUCGGCUGUGGCUAACUCGACGUCGUAUUGACUCGCUGGAUAGCGUGCGAAAAGCUCUUGCUGCAAGCCAAAGGACCACGAAACAGGUCGAACGAGUGGAGAAAGAGAACGUGUCGCAAGAAGACGAAGCCUUGCUAGAGAAUGCUGCCGACGCUACCGCCGAUGACUGGGAUGCAAACUGGGAUGACGAGAAAGACGGUACAGCAGCAGCCCAGGCUGAAGAUGAGGAGGACGUCAGUGCAUGGGGGCUGGAUGAGGAUGAACAGCCUGAAUCAAAGCCUGAAGCCUCCAACUCCACUAAAGGCGAUGAUGGAGACGAAGACGAAGACGGUGAUGCCUGGGGUUGGGACGAGGACGAUGAGGUCGAGAAAAUCGAUGAGAACAUGAAACCCUCAUCCAGUGCGGCAACGGAGGCACCAAAGGACAUGGCCACUUCUCAGCCAGCAUCUUCAAGGGAGAUGACCUUGAAAGAGCUUUACACCAUCACCGACAUCCCGGAUUCAAUCCUUAAUAUUGUGCAGCAACAAAUAUCUGACUCUAGGGACAUUUCAAACCCACCACAUGCCAAGUCUCGAGUCGCUUCAUCAGGCCAGGGUCUGUUGGCUCUACCGACGCUAAUCUUAGCCAUGUUCAAGGCCACCUCGUCAUCUUUCUACUCACUACAGCUCAAAUCGGGGCAAAUGUAUCUGUAUAAUGAUAGUAUGUAUCUUGCGAGUCGUGUACGAGAAUUGGUGGACCAGGAUGGACUCUCCAGGCUCAGCCCUGAUGCGGAAGCUCUGGAGAAUUUUGGAAAAUUUGCCUACAGCAAGGAGAUGCGGACCCAAAGCACCAUCGUGACCGAUCUUCUUGACGGUGCUCAGGGGUUUGGACAAUGUGCCGAACAGCCCUACAAAUCCGAGUGCGAAAAUGCAGUCAGUGCGACUGUAGAUCGCAUCCGGGAAGUGUACACAGAGUGGCAGCCCAUCCUGUCGCACUCUGCAUUACUCCAGUCCAUCGGAUCUCUCCUGUCAUCAGUGAUUAACAAGAUAAUCCUUGACAUUGAAGAUCUGGGAGACAUUUCGGAAGACCAGUCCAAGCAACUGGUUUCCUUUUGCAAUCAAGUUUCUCAAUUAGAGGCCUUGUUCAAACCCGAAACUCCAAGUGAUGCGGAGGCUCUUCCCGUCACUGCUCUAUAUGUCCCUGGCUGGCUCCGAUUCCAGUACCUGAUCAACAUCCUUGAAAGCUCUCUCGCUGAUAUCAAAUUCCUGUGGCUUGAGGGUGAACUGGGCCUAGAGUUCUCGACCGAGGAGGUUAUUGAUUUGAUUGAGGCCUUGUUUGCAGAGUCUGACCACCGCCGGCGGGCUAUCGCAGAGAUUCGGAGGGCACCUCGUGGCUGA